UUUGUCACCGGUUAAAAUUGAGAGGGAGGAUGACAGAGUACGUGUUUGUCUAGUAUACGUAUCGGUAACUUGUAUUGUAAUCUAUGUUGUAUCCUUGUCUAUAUAAUGAAAGAGGAGAGAGCCAGCCGAACAUGCUGUGCAACCAAACCAAUCUAUUCCGCAUUUUAACGCACACAAAAACUACAGAGCCACAUGGAGGCUCCCGCGGGCAAAGCUGCAUGCAGCAAGCACAUCGUCCUGGUGCACGGCGCAUGCCACGGCGGCUGGUCCUGGUACAAGGUGGCCACGCGGCUCAGGUCAGCCGGGCACCGCGUCAGCACGCCUGACCUCGCGGCGUCGGGCAUCGACCCCAGGCCGCUGCGCGAGGUGCCGACGUUCCGCGACUACAGCAAGCCGCUGCUGGACCUCCUGGAGUCCCUCCCUGCCGAGGAGAAGGUCGUGCUCGUCGGCCACAGUCUCGGCGGCGUGAGCAUCGCCCUGGCCUCCGAGCUGUUCCCGGAGAAGGUCGCCGCCGCGGUGUUCGUCACCGCCUUCAUGCCGGACCACAGCUCGCCGCCGUCGUACGUGCUUGAAAAGUUCGUGGAGGGGAGGACGGCCGAGGACUGGAUGGACACGGAGUUCAAGCCUCAAGAUCCUGACGGCAAGCUGCCUAUUUCCUUUCUGUUCGGUCCGCUGGUCACACGAGCAAAAUUGUAUCAGCUGUGCUCGCCGGAGGACAUAACGCUCGGAAGAUCCCUGAUGAGAGUGAGUUCGAUGUUCCUGGACGACCUGAGACUGCAGCAGCCGUACAGCGAGGCUCGCUACGGGUCGGUGCGUAAGGUGUUCAUCGUUUGCAAGGACGACCUCGCCAUUGACGAGGGCUUCCAGAGGUGGAUGAUAGAAAACUACCCCGUCGAUAAGGUGAUGGAAAUAGACGGCGCAGACCACUUGGCGUUGUUCUCGACGCCGGCUGAGCUCGCUAGCCGUCUCGCUGACAUCGCGGAAAAAUAUGCUUGAUGGUGGUGUGGCCGUACGUCGCUUGCUGAUCUAUUGGUUUGGCGUUGACAUUUGUGAUUAGUCCCGUUCAUUAUGUAUUCCGUGGAUUUUAUUGCAAUCAAUUUAGACGGAUGAUCUUUCGA